UCGCGAGAGGGCGGAACAUAAAAUAAACUGAGGUGACAAGUGUCAUUUUUUGGUCUGUGGUGUGAUUGGGAAUUUGCUGUUUAUUAAAAGAGAAACUAAAAUAUAUCAUAAACAUAGCACCGGGAGUUAAAUAGGCUUAGUUUUUUUUCUCUCUCUGAAUGGUAUUUGUAUAGUAUUUCCAAUGGCGGUAGGAGAAGUUAAAUACCCCGAAGACGAGGACUUCCAAGUGUUUCGCAAUUUGGCGGACAGUGUUGAUGGGUGGACAGAGAAAUACAACAAAAAUGGAACGAAAGUUUGGGCUAAAAAUUCGGAUACCUCUUGUAAGAUGUUCAAAGCCCAUAAAGUAUUCCCUGACUUAGCUGCCUCUGUGAUGUAUGAUGUACUCCAUGAUUCCGAAUUUCGGGGGAGGUGGGAUUCAACGAUGGAGGAAGGAAAGGAAAUGUAUAUGGUGUGUCCAAACAGUGAUGUUAGUUAUUAUCAAUUGAAAUGUCCAUCACCUUUUAAAAAUCGUGAUUUUUUAAUGCAAAGGAUAUGGCUGGAAACACUAGACGCUUUUUACAUUUUCAACCAUUCGGUUUUUCACAAGGAUGUUCCAGAACGAAAAGGAGUGAUACGAGCAGAAUCAAUUUUGACCGGUUAUCUAGUAAGGUCUAAUGGGAAAGGAUGCGAGUUGACAUACGUCACUCAGUCUGAUCCAAGAGGAUCUUUGCCAAAGUGGAUUGUCAACAAACUUACACAGUACCUGGCCCCAAAGAUGAUGAACAGAUUACACAAAGCAUGUUUGAAAUAUCCUUCAUGGAAGAAGAAAAACAGCCCGUAUUACAAACCAUGGUUAAACCCGGAACAGCUCAACAUUCCCAGGCUUGACAUGAAUGAUCUGCUACCGAGGCAGGAGUACACGGAUGACGAUUCACUGGACGAAAGUCAAGUUAAAGAAGACGACAUUAAAGAGGACGACAUUAAUUGCAAUGACAUUUGACGAUGGUUUGUUGUCGGUAACCAUAGAAACAUACUAGGAUGUUAUCAGUUUCAAAGAAUUUCUUGUCCACCAAUUAAAGUAGGUCGGUUGUUAAAAAUCUGAUCCAUAAUAAUAUAUUCAGAACAAAAAGAUAGAAUUGAUGCUUUAAACAAAAUAUGUAUUUGAUUAAUAUAGGAAUUUGCAGUGGAAAAAGAUUUUAUUGCAACAGUGUUCCCUGUAUUGUAAAAUAAACUUUCAUUACUCCUGUUAAUUAGUUAUUGAAAAUUAUUAUAAUUAAUUAUUUAUUGAUAUCAAAUAUAGUUGAAAGUAAUGUUGCCAUUUGCUGGAUGGUAGAUGUUGUUAAAUUGUGUUUUUCUUUAUUUUCAGUCAUCUUUUACCAGGUUAAUUGUAUCCCCCCACCCCUUUAUUUAUUAUCAUUUCAACUAUUAUUGAUAGAUGACAGUCCUAUUUCUAAUUUAACAUUACUAUCUUGUCCAAAUCUUUCAGCCAUUUGUAGUUCUAGAUUCAUCUUCUGUUUCUUGUUAUGAUAAAGUAUUAAUGUCUAUUUAUAUUCUUAUUCUUAAUGAAUUUUUAAUUUGUCCUCAUUCUAACUCGAAAAUCAUAAAUUUGGGCUAUGGCCCUUGGUGUGUGCAGCAGCUGCAGGCCAUCGACACGCGACCUAACCACAACAUAUACUGAACACACAUGGUUACAACCACAAACAUGGUCUCUAACCCGACUAACUCUCAAUUAAGUGUUAUUUUGGAAGCCGAGCACUCAGACUCUUGGUAAAACCUGACAAUAAUAAAAUAAAUAUCUGUAAUUUUCUGUAUUAUUAUCAUUCAGCUGUGUUGCUGGCAACUACAAGUUGAAAUGAGAAGUAUUUCAUUCAUAUGUCAUCUUCUAUGACAGUGCGACUCCACACUUCAGUUUAGGUGCUAGCUUUUAGUUUUUUUGUUUGUUUUUUUUUUUUUGCUUCUUUAUCCAUUUUUGACGUCUUCUUACCUCUUUCUGAGAUCUUGUUUAUUUGCACUAUAUAAAUACAUCUGUUAUUACUAUUAUUGGUCUUUUAAGUGAGAUGCCAUAACUUAAUCCAAAAAAUGGGUCAUGUAUAAAAGAAAAUAACAACCUUUAAAUAAUGUUUCUUAAAUACUUUUACCCCCUGAGUCAAAGUGUUUAUUUUGCCGGCUAUAACUCAAAUUGUCCUAUCUUGGAGUGCACCUCACUAAUCAUUAAAAAUGUUCUCAGUGGAUUAAUAUGUAUUCUACCAGCUAAAUAUUUACUGUCCUAAAUUUAAUGAUUGAAUUGCUUACUUCAAAAUUUCGAAAUAAUUUAAAAAAAUAUUUUUAUUUUAAGACGGAUAAUAUCACAUUGAUUAUCCUUAAAUGAAUAAAUAAUUUCCAUCUGUAUCAAAUUGGAAGUUUGAUAAUUUAUUUGACUCCUUGAAGAUCUUGCUCAUUUUGCAGGAACAUACACAUUAUGAACUUGAGCAUAAAAAUUAUUGAAUGUAACAAAUGUGUACCCUGAUUUUUAUAGUGGAUAAUGACAAAAAUAAUAAAAACGCUUCCAGUGACUGGAAGCUUUUUUUUUUCUUUUUUUUUUGUCGCUGUAAAAUUAUGGGUAAACAUUUUUAAAUACACUAAUUUCACAUUUUCAAGUGGAUAAUUUUUAUGUUUUUCAAAUGAGAAGGGGUUUGGAACCUACAAUUUUUCCUCAUAGAAUAAAUAAGUUCUUCCAACUUGGUACCCCUGAAAUGAGCCAGUUAAUCUCAAAAAUGAUUCUUAUAUCUUGGUAUAUUUUUGGGACAAUGCACCUUUAACUUAAUAAUAUAUACAGUUAAUAUUGAAUGAAAUCAUCCAUUAUAAUUACAGCAUGAUGAUACUUUUAGCGGUGAAUGUAUUGGUUGUCACUUUCACAGAAAUUGGAAUUCACAACAUAGGUCCAAAAUCGCUUAAGGUUUAUCAUAAUUUGUUCCAUUUUAUGUUUUGUUUUGUUCUUUUCACUUGCUGUAGGUGUUAAAACUUAAUAGAUUAAAUACUUAUGUUGUUCUAUAGUGGGGCCAUAUCUUGCAGGAAAAUAAUAUGAAACAUAAUUUCAACAAAUGAGGCAUGUCAUGGCAAAAUGGUUUAUUUAUCGCACAGGCCUGUAUUGAAUAAAUGAGCUAUAAAUAUGGGAGCUCAAAAAUGGCCAAAAAAAAUCUGUUCACUGUAAGUCAACAGUUUAAUGUCUAAUUAAUCUUAUCCCAAAAUCUUAGUUUUGGAAAUGGUAAACAAAUUUUUAUUUAAUGUUGUUUUGGUAGUUAAAUCUAUUAAUGCACAAAUAAAUAUUUAAAAGGGGAUUACAAAAAAUCAUGUUUUUCUUUACUCUAAGAGUGUUGUGCAUUCACUUCUCAAUAACUAAGGCUUGAAAAGUCCAAUUUCAAUAUAUGACCCCUCAUUUUAAAGAUUAAGUUCUCAGUUAUUUGAAAAUACCAAUAACUUGAAUUUCAAUUUUUAGAACAACUUAGCCAUUUUGCCAUAACAUGCCUCAAAUGUUGUCAUUCACCUGUAUGGUUGAAAACUUGUGUGGUUUUUCGAAAAAAAAUAUAAAAGUAGUAGGUUAAGAAAUGUCUUUGAUUUUGUGUAGCUUAAAAUUUUACAAUUUAAGCAAGGGUAAUAACAAUUAAAGUAAAUACAAUUUCUAAUAUUACUGUACUAAUUCGAGGACAUAAUUUCUGUUCUAUAAACAAUUUGUAUUGUGUUUGUCUGUAUCUCCUCAACCCAUUUGCCCAACAUCACUCGUUUUCCCAUUGUCUUACAGUUAACCCACUCUCUCUCGUUAUUGCAAAGGCAAUUCCAUUAUAAGUUUAUUCAAAUUAUUAUUGGUUACCAUGGAAAUAGACCAUAUUACUUUAAUACAUUGUUGAUUCAAGCAUAUAAUGUCCUGUGGGUAUACAUGAAAACAUCUCUCUCUACUUUGUAAUUAGCUAAUAAGGCAUACCAUCUUGAGGGGCUGUGUUGUGUACAAGAAAUAUCAACCCUUCAAUGUAAUUU